AUGGAGCACGCCCCGCUACAAUUCAGGCGAAUCUCUUCUGGAGAUGAACCCUUGUCCCCAGAGGAGGCCGGUCUUGGCCCGAUGUUGAGGGCUUUCAGCCGAGUACGAUACCGAGCAUCAUGUGUCAAUUGUUUUGCUGGCGCUCGGACUAUUUCUUUCUCUUCUCUUCUCUUCCUCAUUUCUCAGCUCAUGAUCAUCUCUCGAGUAUCUACCAAGUUCUCGGGACGACUUUCCAAAGCCACCCACACUUGUACUCAGACAAGGCGUUCUGACACAUCUCGUGCUUCUUUACCAACUUUUAUUGCGCCGAAUCUUUGUCUCUCUGCAGCAUCUGUCUCGAGAGCGUCACUUCAGCAGCUCCCAUUUCGAAAACAUUCCAUAGUCCAUACAGUCAAAGGAUUCGCUACAAUGGGCUCGCUUCCAGAAACCUCAAGCGCCGUACGUGUGCUUAUCCUCGGUGGUUGCUAUGGUGGUCUAGCUGCUGCCGUCAACCUGUUGGAUCUGAGCCAGGGUUACUCUCCUCGUAUGAACUCUGAGCCAUAUACUCACCACCCCAACUUGCCUACUUUCAACAUCGAGAUCACCAUCGUUGAUGAAAGAGAUGGUUACUACCACUUGAUCGGCUCUCCCAUGGCCCUUGCCGACUCUGCCUUUUCCAAGAAGAACUGGGUCAAAUACUCUGACAUCCCCGGCCUCAAAGAUCCCAGACUCAGCAUUAUCCAAGGCUCAGUCACCAGCGUCGACCCCGCUUCAAAGAAAGCCACCAUCUCAGCCCACCUCACCGAAGAGAAGAGCACUCUCGAAUAUGACUACCUCGUUGCCGCCACAGGUCUACGCCGCGUCUGGCCGGUGGUUCCACAGUCCCUGACUCGAAAGCAAUACCUUUUCGAAGCCGAAAACCAUAUCAACGCUGUCCAGAAUGCAAAGCACGGUGUCGUUGUGGUCGGUGGAGGUGCCGUCGGCAUUGAGAUGGCAGCUGAGCUUAAGAUGGUCAAGCCUCAUCUCAACGUAACACUUGCUCAUUCGCGUGACAAGCUUCUCUCAUCUGAGGGUCUUCCUGACGAGACCAAGGACGUGGCACUCGAGCUACUCCGUGAGGCUGGUGUUGAAGUCCUCAUGAACCACCGCCUGGCCUCCAAGAACAAGGUCUCGACUACCGACGGCAGUGAGAAGCAUGAUAUUGAGUUCACAAACGGUCACAAGAUGUCUGCUAGCGUAGUGAUCAUGGCCAUCUCCAGAAGUGUUCCCACUACCACAUAUCUGCCCCUCUCGGCACUCGAUGAGGAUGGCCUGGUCAAGAUCAAGCCCAACCUACAAUUCGAACAAGGCACACCAAACGCUGAAUCUCACUACGCUGCUGGCGACAUUACCAAGUGGCCUGGUAUCAAGCGAUGUGGCGGCGCCAUGCACCAAGGCCACUACGUCGCACUGAACAUCCAUCAGAACAUCCUUAGCCAGCGAGCCGGACACGUUCCGUCAUAUAAAGAGAUCGCAGUCUACCCACCUGUUAUUGGUCUUGCGGUUGGCAAGAAGGCUGUUGCUUUUAGUCCAGACACUGGCACCACUACUGGCGAGGAUGUUCUCCAGUCUUGCUUCAGAGAUGAUUUGGGUUGGACAAUUUGCUGGAAUUACAUGCAACUUGGUGGCCGCAAGACUGACGAGGCUAAGGCUUAA